GUAAGGGCACAGGGGGCCGACGGGCGCUAGGUGCGCCUGCGCCAUGGCUCGCGGGGCGGCUGGGGGCGGGGCCCAGAGGGGGGAGGCAAAGAAGCGGCGGGGGGUGGGAGGGAAGAGGCCGCAGAAGCCCGAUCCUUGACCGACGGGCAGGCGGGGGCUGCGGCGGCGCCGCGCCGGCGCCCCCCAUGCGCCAGGCGGCCGGACGGCGGCGUCGGGGGGCGCCAUGGCCUCGGCGGCGGCGGGCGAGACGGAAGAGACCACCCGGCUGCGCAAGCCGCGCUUCUCGUUCGAGGAGAACCAGAUCCUGAUCCGGGAGGUGCGCGCCCACUACCCGCAGCUCUACGGCGCGCAGAGCCGUCGGGUGAGCGUGGCCGAGCGGCGGCGCGUGUGGGACGGCAUCGCCGCCAAGAUCAACGGCAUCACCAGCUGGAAGCGCACCGGCCAGGAGGUCCAGAAGCGCUGGAACGACUUCAAGCGCCGCACCAAGGAGAAGCUGGCCCGCGUGCCGCACUCCACGCAGGGCGCCGGGCCCGCCGCCGAGGACGCCUUCUCCGCCGAGGAGGAGACCAUUUUUGCCAUCCUGGGGCCCGGCGUGGCGGGGCCGGGAGCUGGGGCGGGGCCGGAGCAGCCCCCCGCGGCCGCCGCCGCCGCCUCCUCGCAGCCGCCGGCCCCCAGCGCCUGCGCCCCGCGCUACGUGUUGUCCGAGGACCGCAGGGAAGACCGACGGGCCGAUACUCCAGCCCACAGCAAGGGGGGCUCCAGCAGCCCCGAGCCCUGGGCCCGGCCCACCUGUAAUCCCCAGGAAGGGGGCUGCCCGCCGCCCAAGGAGCGUGAGUCCUCGCCCCCUCCAGCCCUGCAGAGCGUCCAGCUGCCCCGCCUGGCCUUGUCUCCACCGCCCCCAGCCCCGCCAGCACCCCAGCCACCGCAGCAGGUCCAAGUGGCACCUUCCCCCCCAAGCCCCCCACCCCCUCCACUGCCUCCGCCCACCCCCUCUGCCCCAGACCCCUCCCUGGACUUCCUGCGGGCCCAGCAGGAGACUGCCAACGCCAUCCGGGAGCUGGCUGGCACCCUUCGGCAGGGACUGGCCAAACUGAGCGAGGCCCUCAGCGCCCUGCUGCCCCUGCUGCCAGGGACCCCAGUCGACCCACUGCCCCCACCGCUGCCUCCACCCCCACCCCCACCCCCCAGGCCUGUCCUGCCGCCACCCACCCCCAAGGUGGAGAUCACCCCAGAGCCUGUGUCUGUGGUGGCUGCUGUCGUGGACGGGAACGUGGUGGCAGCCAGGGGGGUGAUCAUUGCCCCUAGGAGUGAGGAGGGGGCCCCCCGGCCACCCCCAGCCCCCCUCCCUCCCCAUGACUCCCCCCCACACAAGAGGAGGAAAGGAUUCCCUCCACGGAAGAGGCGGGGGCGAUGGAAAUCUCCAUGAAAUCUGCUGUGGGGUUCCAGCUUGUUCGGGCUCCUUCUGCCUGCGCCACCUCGCCCCAGCUUAGCCCACGGAGGAGGGCUCGCCCCUUCCCCAGCCCAGCUGCACCCUGGCUCCCAGCUGUGGGGCGCCAGCACCCCACGCUCUGUACGAAUUAGUGCCUGAUUCUCGGGGGACCUCGUUGCUGGGGCCCCCCCCCAGCCCUUUCUCCAGUACAGCGCUGUCUGCCUGGCUGCUUCCCUACCCCUGACUUCUAAGCCAUCAACUUUACGUUAUUUAUUAUCGCCCUUUGUGGGUUGUGGGGGGAUCCUCUGGGGGGCAGCAUAUUACCCCCUCCCUAACAACUCCUGGUCUUGACUUGAACAGAAGUGACCUGUGGGGGCCUCCCCAUCUCCCCAACCCAGACUUUGGAGGGGGUGGGGGUUGCGAGACAAAUCAGAACAGGGAUGACAAAGAGGAUACAGCGGUCCUGCCCUACCUAGGGAGAGGGGGUGGAGUUCUCACUGGGGAGCUGUGGGUCGGGCCCUCUGCCUCUCAUUGCAGCCUCCGACCUCCAGAGCUCGACCCCCUCCUGUCUCCCCAGUCAUGACAAGAUAUCAAUAAACUUAUUUUUAAUACAAUUACUUGGGGCGCUGUCUGAGACAGGCCUGGGUUCCAGCACCUACACCUGCCCCACCCCCUCCACGGGCAGGUGACCCCCCCCCUUGAAGUUGGAGGCUGGUGGUUUCCAGCCAUUUUUCAGAUCGGAUUCCUACUUACUCAUCCUUCAGGUAACAGCCUAAAUGUCAUCUCCUCCAGGAGAACCUCCUGGAUCCCCUCCCCCAGGCUAGGAUGGCUCUGCUGCUGAGAGCCUCUCUCAGUGUCCUGCGGUUCUUUUUCAUUGUCCCUAAAGAACAAGUGCCUUUAUCUGUUUUAGGCGUCUUUCCCCCGUAGUUUCACAAAGGCAGGAGCUGGUUCUCUUUUUACUCCCAAACCUGCUGUGGAGGCUGUAGCAACGUGGAUCACCACCACCCCCCCGGACGCAGUCAGACCCGACUCGACCCCUGGUGCUGCCCUGGCCGGCUGUAUACCGUGGGCCCCCAUUUUCCUCAGCUGUAAAAUGGGCAUCAAGAUGAGGAGUCUUUACUUCCUCCACCUACCUUCUCUUCAUCCUUCAGGUCUCAGCUCAAAUAUCACCUCCUCAAGAAGGGUUUCCUGACACUCCUCUGCCCCAGCAGUUAUUAAAAAAUGCAGUUAAAUAACCACUUGAGUCCAUUGAAAUUGAACAUCAGCUUCUGUCACCCGGCUGAGCCUGAGCCUGCCUCUGUCACUGCUGUGUCCUCCGUAUUUCCCAACACAGAAGAGGGGUGCCCUCUUU